CAUCUCGUGACAACCUUUUAUUGCCAUAAUAAUACUUCAUCUUAAAAAUAAAAAGAUAUUUUCGGUAACCUUGAUGGAGAUUUCAGUCCGUGAACAUUGUUUGUAUAGCAGCACACGUGUACAGGUGGUUAGUUAUUAAUCAACUGAAUCUACAUUUGUUCAGUUGCAUCGUUUUAGCAUGCCAAAGCCUCAAAAGUUUACACAUUCUGUUCCGAUUGAUUGACGUCAUCGCGCAGCAGUGCUGCAUCGUUUACAUUUCCGGUAUUUCUACCUAUAUAUAAUCAUGUCGACUGUUCGUAAUAUAUUGGCAGUUAUGGAAGUUCGCUCUUAUGCAUCGUAAAUCCUAUAAAAUGUUUUGCAGCAGGCUAAUUUUACUUGUAGUUGGCUGCACUGUUUGCUCUGUGAAGGUAUCUUCGAUGGGAAUUGACCGGGGAUUAGAUUUCAAUUCUUCAACCCGUCAAGCGAAUGGAAAUGAGGCGUACCUUUGGCCUAAUGGGAUCGUUCCCUAUCAAAUAAGCAGUCUAUACAGUUUCGAGAGCAGAGCAAAAAUCCUUGAUGGCAUAGCAGAAUUUGAAAAGUACACCUGCCUUCAAUUUGUUCCCCAGACAACAGAAACAGAUUACAUCUUCUUCACAGAGCAUUUAAUUUCUGGAACGUGCUGGGCUGGCAAAUGGGAGGAACAACAGUUAGAGAUCGGUCGGCUGGGAGGUGUCCAAUACGUGUCUCUCAUUGUGGCCAAGGAUUGUUUGCAGUACGUGAUGCACGAGAUAAUGCACGGUAUCGGUUUCUGGCACGAGCAACAGCGUGAAGAUCGUGACCAGUACGUCAACGUCUUUUACGAAAAUCUCAAUGCUGAUGUGCACGAGGUUUCGUACGGUAUAAGGUCAACAGCUACAGGACUGGCUAAAAACCUGAACACACCUUACGAUUACAAUUCCAUUACGCAUUACCACAAGGAGGCUUUUCAAAUUGACAAGUCGAAGCCGACGAUGGCCGCAACCGACGGCUGCUCUCUAUUUGGAAACCAAAAACAAUUAAGCAAAAUUGAUGCGUUGCGAAUAAAUCAACUCUAUAACUGCCCCACUCCCUACAAACCACCACCACCAAAGGUGACUUACGAUAACGUGGACGACAAUGCUAAAACUGAAUCUUGUCAAUGGUGGGCCAGUGUAGGUGAAUGUACCAAGAAUCCGAGCUUCAUGAACGCCAAUUGCAAGAAAUCGUGUGGAAUCACAGACAACUCGGUUUGCCCGUCAUGCCAAGAUAAAAGCUCUUAUUGUCCGUCGUGGGCAGCAACUGGAUAUUGUACCUAUUCAGAAGCAAUGGCAUACAUGUACAUGCACUGCAGGAAAUCUUGCGAAGUUUGUUAAGGCAAAUCCAGGACUUGGC